AUGGCCAUUGCAUGCCUUUACAGCACGUGUCUUCUACAUUGGGCUGAGGUAAAAGCAGCCGUGCCUUGCCUUCAUCAUCCCGUACGCCAAUGUCGACCGAACGACUCUGAUUUUAUGCCAUAUUUUGCGUGGCAGUCUUCACAUGUGCCUACAAGCAUGGCCGCAACUAUGCCCUCAUUCAGUCUCUGUUUCGUUCUCUCUCAUUUUAUUCCAUCAAAUGUGAGGCCUGGACAAUUGGACACGACCGAGCUGUAG